AUGGGAAUAGUGAAAGAGAUAAAACUUCGAGUUAGAAAUUCCUUAAAAUUAAGAAAAUCAAAACGUGGAUCACUUAUUAACCUUCAAAAUCUUCCACCCGAUUGCCUUGAGAGAAUUUUUCAACAUGUUUAUACCGACAUUUCAAACGAGAACAUCAUCGCCUCAACCAUAACCAACUUGAAUUCUCUAUUCAUGUGCGCUCAAGUAAACAAACUUUGGUGCGCACUUUCAAUUCCUGUGUUAUGGCGUCGUCCCUUUUCGAUCGCUCUCGAUGGAAAAAAGAAUGCGCAAUUAAUAAAUACCAUCAUCUCGUUCCUUUCCGAACAAGAAAAGAACAUCUUGGAGUAUCAAAAAUUAAAGUUUGAACCUUUUACGAGUCACCAGUUCAAUUACCUACAAUUGAUAAGAGUGUUGGACUACGAUAACUUUAUUAAAUCAGUACAUAGGUGGGUUGUUAGGUAUCCCAACGAUUGUAAGGAUUUUACAAAGUCGCGUAUGCUCACGCAAUUACUCGGCAAGGUUCUCCUCAAGGAAAAUGCCUUAAGCGGAUUUAAAACGUUUAAUUACUUUCGUGUUAGGACUUAUGAUAAUUUUAAUUUUAUUCCAUUAAAUAAGUUAAGCCCCAAUAAUUCUUUUGAUUGGUUAAGUCAACUAACCCAACUCGAGUAUAGAAAUCCCCACAGGAUUAAUAAGAUGAAUUUAAACGAAUUCCUUGAUUUCUUUAGUAUCAUCACGAGCAAUUGUAAUCAAAUCAACAACCUAUCAUUGGAUGUUAGAAUAGAUGACUUUGCGGUUGAUCAAUCGAUUUCCAAAUUAUUAUUGAACGAAUAUGAUUACAUGAAAAUCGAUAAAUCGAUUUCCAAUUUAUUAUUAAACCAACAAAGAUUAGAAAAUUUAUCAAUCAACUACACCUCAAAAAAUAUUUAUAACUCAAUUUACAAGCAUGUGAAUUCUUUAUCUUAUUUACAUAUUAAAAAAAUCAACGACUUUUCUAAUUUGCUUAGAAUCAUUACAUCCUGUAAAGUUUUACACACUUUAGAAUUGGAACAAUGCUCUAGCGAUCAUUUUGCCCGUGAUAGUUUUAUCGCAAACUUCCCUUUAUCACAACUUUCAAUCAAGCAUCUCUAUUUUAAUUUUGACAAGGAGAAUUAUGAACUCUUCUUGAUGAUGCUCCUUGAAAUGAUAAAUUCAAACUUAACCACCUUAUCAACAAAAUUAAUCACUUCAAAUGUUUUACAAAUCCUCUCAACUUAUUGUACAAACAUCACCUCUUUGAACGUCGCAAACAUUCUUCCAAACCUAAACUUCAAAUCUCUGUUACACCUCAUUUCCAUUCUUCCUUUACGUCAAUUAUAUUUAGAAUUACCAUAUUUACAUUUUCAAGAAAAUAUGCUUGAUAUCAACGAUUUAGCUUCUUCCUUACCACCUUCUUUAGAGUGCAUUCAUUUAAAUUGUUUUAUCGCUCCUCAACAUUUGAGUGAUUUACUAAAUGAGUCGCGAUCACGUUUUAAAUCGUUAUGGUUAUAUCACGUUGAUGAUAAUUACGUUGAUUAUUUGAAAAGAUUAUACAAAUAUUCCCAAGAACAUGACAAUUGUUUAAAAGAUGUUAAGUUGGGUUGGAAUAAUUUAGUUAAUCAUAGAUGUAGAAGAAAGGACAGAAGGUUGAGCGGUAGCGAUGACGAAUUUCAAAAAACAAUGUCCAAACGCUUGAAAGAUGCCAAAAAUAGCGUUUCUAAAGAAAAGAAAAGGGGAAGUAAAGUAAUCACUAACGAAUCUUUUAUUAUUAAUGAAGCAAAACAUUGCGAUUUCAGUUAUCAUGAAAAUAUUUUUGAAAGGAAAUUAAGUGAUUUUAAAGAUUAUUAA